UGAGGCUAGGGCUUUGAAAAUCCCAGAAGACGACGACCACGAACGUGCACAUCGCGGCAUCGAAUCGCCAGUAGGAAGGGGGCAAUUCUUCCGCGAGCUCAGCGAUGGCGCUCGAGGUGCUGACCGCCUUGGACAAGGCCAAGACGCAGUGGUACCACUUCACGGCCAUUCUCAUCGCGGGUAUGGGCUUCUUCACGGAUGCUUACGAUCUCUUUUGCAUCUCCACCGUCACCAAGCUCCUGGGAAGGAUCUACUACUACGAUUCAACCACUGGAAAGCCCGGAGCACUCCCAGCAAACGUAGCGGCGGCCGUCAACGGUGUGGCCUUUUGCGGGACUCUGUCCGGCCAGCUCUUCUUCGGCUGGCUCGGUGACAAGCUGGGACGAAAGAAAGUCUAUGGGAUGACGCUCAUGCUCAUGGUCAUCUGCUCGAUCGCCUCGGGUCUCUCCUUCGGCCACACUGCCAAGUCGGUGAUGACAACGCUGUGCUUCUUCCGGUUCUGGCUUGGAUUCGGCAUCGGUGGCGACUAUCCUCUCUCGGCCACGAUCAUGUCCGAGUAUGCCAACACCAAGACGCGCGGGGCAUUCAUCGCGGCGGUGUUUGCCAUGCAAGGAUUUGGAAUCCUGGCCGGCGGGAUAGUGUCGCUGGUGAUCUCCGCGGCGUUCAACCAUGCUUAUCCGGCGCCAUCUUUCAACGAGAAUCAGAUAGCAUCCACUCCAACCGAGGUGGACUUUGCGUGGAGGCUCAUCUUCAUGCUCGGAGCCAUCCCGGCGGCGCUUACGUUCUACUGGCGGAUGAAGAUGCCCGAGACCGCUCGCUACACGGCUCUAGUGGAAGGGAAUCUCAAGCAGGCCACGCAAGAUAUGAGCAAAGUUCUCGAGAUGGAGGUGGCCACGGAGCCUGUCAAGCAUGAGUCCCCGAUGCGGAAGCUAAAGUUUGGUCUCUUUACGAAAGCGUUUGCGAGGCGACACGGCCUCCAGCUCCUGGGCACCACGACUACAUGGUUCUUCCUCGACGUCGCCUUCUACAGCCAGAACCUCUUCCAAAAGGACGUUUUCACCGCGGUGGGAUGGCUCCCGGGGCCUGGAAGUAUGAGCGCGAUGGAGGAAGUCUACAGGAUCUCGCGAGCACAGACACUGAUCGCGCUGUGCUCCACGGUUCCCGGGUACUGGUUCACGGUGGCUCUCAUCGACAGGAUUGGACGCUUCACCAUCCAAGUCAUGGGCUUCUUCAUGAUGACCGUGUUCAUGUUCGCGCUCGCCAUCCCCUACUACAAGCUCCGCGGGGACAAGUGCGGUGACAGCUUCUGCGGCGGCCACCACAUGACGUUCAUCGUGCUCUACUCGCUCACCUUCUUCUUCGCAAACUUUGGGCCCAACUCCACCACUUUCAUCGUCCCCGCGGAGCUCUUCCCGGCCCGGCUGCGAUCGACUUGCCACGGGAUCUCGGCAGCGGCUGGAAAGGCCGGAGCCAUCGUUGGAGCUUUCGGGUUCCUCUACUUGUCGCAGAACCAACACGAAGGGCAGCAGGAGCAUGGCUACCCGACUGGAUUGGGGAUCCGGACGGCGCUACUGAUGCUGGGAGGAUGCAACGCUCUGGGGCUCCUGUUUACGUUCUUUGUUCCAGAGACAAAUGGACGGUCGCUCGAGGACUUGUCUGGCGAGAACGAGGAGGAGAUGUCUGCCACUCCAGCGGCGCUCCAGGAUGUAUGAGAGAAGAGAGAAAGAAAAGAAAGAAAUUUCUCCUCUCGCUGUAGUACUUGAAAGUUUCCGGAGAACUUUAGCUGUUUGUACGAAGAUUAAUUUCUUCAUGUUGGCAUUCAUUGCAACGAUUGUCGCAUGA